ACUGAUGUCCCUACCACGAUGCAACAAUCUGAAGCAGCCUGGCAACGGACUGAUGUCCCUACCACGAUGCAACAGGAGGCUCAUGCCCCCUCAGCAUGCUCAGCUACAACAGAUUUCCCUCCACGAACUGGAACCAUCGGAAACAUCGGAGCAGUCGGCGGUAGCAACAACCCUACCAUUUCUGGUUUGAGUGGAGUAAAUGUCACUUACAACUUCCUGUUGGAGGAACCAGGAGUGCCUUCACCUUCACCUCCGCAUAGUCAGAGACCAGACCAAGAUCCAAGGUUGACGGAUUCUUACCAAGAAGCUGGUAAAAAGACUAGGGAUGUUUUGAAGGGAGUUUAUAAAACAACCCUUAGUUCGGUUAACUUGUUGCCUGGUGUUGAUAAUGAUGUAAUGGACAUAGCUGGUAUUUACACUAAAGUACAAUUAGAAACACAGGAUGGGGAAGCACUUGACACUUGCCAGAGAGGGGAAAUCGUAAGCACAACGGAAUAUUCCAGCAUAUUCAGAUUAAGGACAGGUAGAUAUGGGAAACUGAUCAACCGCCUCAUUUUCUUUGGCAUGGGAAUUGUCGAGAAGUCAACCAUUUUUGAUAAGAUUGCAUAUGACUGGGCUGAUGAGUCAAGCGAAAUCCUGAAGAGAUUCAAGCUUGUCUUUCUUUUAAAGAUGUGUGCCCUGUCGCAAGAAUCUGAUCUUGUUGAUUCCAUUUUCGAUCAACUUCUUGGCGAAAAGUCAGGAAUAGAAAGGGAUGAACUUGAUAAAUUCAUCCUGGCCAACCCAAAUGAGGUCUUGAUUCUUGUGGAUGGUUUUGAUGAAAUGAAACCCAAAAAACUCAAUGCAGCCUCAUUUGGUUCAAUCCUAAAAUCACUCAAUAGAAGAGUGUACAAGGAAUGUCUCAUAUGCAUCUCCACCCGCCCUUCUCAUCUUCAGACACUGACGUCAUUAAUACUUGUCCAAGAUCCUUGCACGCAUGUAGAGGUUCUGGGGCUUACUGAAGAGGAUUUUAAUGACUUCGUUCAGAAAUUCUUCGAAAGAGAUCCUGAUAUUGGCAAAGCACUACUCCAAGCCAUCGGAAAGUCGAACACACUGCGUUAUUUUGCUAAGACGCCUGUGUUGCUCUUUCUCAUGUGUUUGUUGUGGAGGGAGAGUAAACAACUCCCAAAAACAACUUCAUGCCUCUUCACUGAGGCAAUUGAUCACAUGUUCACAAGAAAACAUCUCUCUGGACACUACGCAUCAAAAACAGUGAUUGCCAUAGGACAAAUUGCACUGCGUAGACUCACAAGUGCUAACCAGAAAUUCUCAUUUCAAGAAGAUGAGUUUGAACCGAAGGUGCUGGAGCUGGCACUAAAAGCGGGCAUCCUGACCCAACAGAGAGUUAUCAAAAACAGCAAAUCCAUUAACAUCAUACAAUUCAUGCACAAGACUGUGCAGGAAUACUGUGCAGCGAAGUACUUGCAGAGUCUGAACCUUUCAUCAACCCUCGGAUUGUUUACGCGUGUGAAGAACAAAUUGAAAUAUCAGAGGAUUUUGAGUCAAUUGUGCUCAACAUUUGAGGGAGUUGUUUCGAAUGAGUUUCUCUUUCGUUUUUGUUGUGGUGACAAUGAGAAGUGCAUGACAGACAUCGUAAACUUGCUUGAUCGUAAGUUCAAUAAAGAUAAGCCCAGGUACCAGUCAAGUGUUAUACAAGCGGUUAGUCGCAGUUGCUUUCUUGAAAGCCAGUCAGCAAAGGUCCCACUCAGUCUCACCAGCGACUCACUCAUCCCAUCAACUAUCGAGGUGUGUAAAAAUGAUGAUUUCCAACGUCUCAUGUACCUUCUUGAAAUCACCUUCAGGUCAGACAGCUGCAUGACACAGCUUGCAUGUGUUACAGCUAUUUCUAUUUCUACUUUUGCAGCUAAUUCUAUUUCUCUUGUGUCUUCGGUCAGUGAUCUAGCAUUCGCCCUGGGUAACAUGGAAAACCUCAGGAGUCUGAGGCUGUACAGAUGUUACUUAGGGAAGGGUGGUCUUGGGAAGAUACUGUCAUCGCUGAAAGGCAACCAACACUUGACUGAUCUGUAUAUAAAUGCCUAUUCAGAAAGUGCCGCAGAAUGGGCCCCUCAUAUCAAACACUUGACAAGCCUCAACAGACUUGAGUUGGCUUGCCAUGCACUGGGUUGGGACAGCAUUGAACACAUUGCCUCUGCUGUAGCCAACAUGCCCAAGCUGACUGACCUCAGCCUUGCUGGCAACCGCACACUGGGUGGAACAGUUGAUUUGUGGACCAAGGAAUUGCUGAAAAUGAGGCACUUAAACAGGCUGGACCUGAGUGAUUGCUAUUUUUCAAGUUCAGACAUCGAACACAUUGCCGCGACUGUAGCUGACAUGCCAAUUCUGACUGACCUGAUCCUUGCUGACAACUAUAUUUGCGUGGAAGGAUUGGCUGAGUUGUGGGCCAAGGUCUUGCCGAAAAUGACACACAUAAAUAGGCUGGACCUAAGCGAUAUGGUUUUGAACCCUACAGACAUUGAGCACAUUGCCUCGGGUGUGGGUGACAUGCCUGGACUGACUGACUUGAUCCUGGCAGGCAACUGCCUAUUUGGUGGAUCGGCUGAGCUUUGGGCCAAGGAAUUUCCGAAAAUGACACAAUUAAGUAAGCUAGAUCUGAAAAGUUGCUCUUGGUUACCAACAGACAUUGAACACAUUGCCUCGGCUGUACAUGACAUGCCCAGACUGACUGACUUGAUCCUUGAUAACAGCAAAGCAUUAGGGGCAUCGGCUAAGUUGUGGGCCAAGGAAUUGCCAAAAAUGAGGCACUUAAGUAGGCUGUACUUGAGCAAUUGCAACUUGACACCGUCAGACAUUAGACGUGUCACCUCGGCGGUAGGUGACAUGCCAAGCCUGACUGACUUGUACCUUGCUGGCAACCCGGGAUUGGGUGGAUUGGACAAGUUACAGUCCUGCUUCCCAUCGCUAAGGGUUCACGUGGAAACUCACUUGCCUUGAAUAACUACUCAUAGCAAAAUCCAAAAUGUUAACAUUCUCAAUCAAAGGGAGCAUUUAUUUUACAAGACGAUAUU